GCGUGUAAAGGCGAGUCACGUGCGGCGCAGCUCGCGCAUCGCAGUGCUUGUUGACUGUUGAUGUGAUUGAGGCACGAGCUCUCUCCGCUCGAUGGUUUCUAAACAGCGUUCUCUUUAAAAGUACACACAAACUCCACCGAAGAAUGAGCGACAACGAUGACAUCGAGGUCGACAGUGACGCAGACAAACGAGCUCAUCACAAUGCACUGGAGCGCAAACGCAGGGACCACAUCAAAGACAGCUUCCACAGCCUCCGAGACUCUGUGCCCGCCUUACAGGGGGAAAAGGCCUCCCGAGCUCAAAUCCUAGACAAAGCCACAGAGUACAUCCAGUAUAUGAGAAGGAAAAACCACACACACCAGCAGGACAUUGACGACCUGAAGCGACAGAAUGCUCUGCUGGAACAGCAAGUUCGAGCACUGGAGAAGGUGAAGGGGACCACACAGCUGCAGGGCGGCUACUCCUCCUCAGACAGCAGCCUGUACACUAACCCUAAAGGCAGCGCCGUGUCGGCCUUCGACGGAGGCUCCGACUCGAGCUCGGAGUCAGAACCCGAGGAGCCGCCCACGAGGAAGAAGCUCCGCCAGGAGGCCAGCUAAAAGCAGCUCCUCCUCCUCCUCCUCCUCCUCGCUCUUCCAGCUUCUCCUCCCAGCCGCUCCCUCUUCCUCAGUGUGCACCAAUCAGAGACUGUUUCGUGUCUUUACAGGCUUCCCCAGAUGCCGGCCCACAACCUGAACCGGAACCAGAACCAGGGAGCUAGGAGAGAAGGACUCGUAGCACACGUUUCUCUCUCCUCCGUCUAUCUCGGGCCGGCUCAGCAGUAACAAGCGGCAUCUCAAACCCACAACGAGGCAGCUUCGUGAUUUACGGACCUGACGCUUCUUCCGUAUGUUCUGUGGGAAGCGUACAGCUCCAGGCACUGCUCAAUGUUUCCUUCGUGUUUUUCUUUUUUUUGUGGUAUAUGUUUAAAAAAAAAACAAAAAAAAAACACAUCCCAUAAUAUCCUGAGUACUUUCCCGAAUGGAACGGCUCAUUUUUCUAAACGUUUUUACUUUUUCCAACAAAAACAGCGUGAGCGCACACGAGUGUGUGUGUGUGUGUGUGUGUUAUAUCUGAACACAAAGCUGUCCGAUCGAGUCUGAUCAAAUCACAGACGGGUUUGUUUGGGGGAUAAAAAAAAAGAAUGAAAUGUUCUUAGCCUUGUGUUUUAGCGUGAAUUUAGCUAGCUGAAAGUUUUUUUAUAUAAAGGAAUACAUUAAUUUAUAUUCUCCCCUAUAUAUAUAAAUAUAUAUAUAUGUACUGGGUUUUCUAUGUUUCAUGCAAUGUUGGGGAAAUUAAAAUGUAAUAAAAUGUUUUGGAUUUUUUUUCUGUCAUAUCAAAAAGGGGUACGCCUCUUCAGGGAAAACUUCUUUUUUUUUUCCUCAUCCCCUCUUUUAUUUUUUAGAGACUGCGUGUUUAAGUCGUGUGAGUCUAUAUAUUUUUUUAUAUUUUUUCUCCUUAAUCGGCUGCUUGAGUCCAUUCCACAGAAAUGGCCGUUCGGGUCGAACGUACUGCCAACGAAGCAUUUUGCAAAUUGAGGCCUACCUUUAAACAACCAGACUAUAAAUAAACAAACUAUUUUAUCCUGA